AUUUGGGCUUUAUUUAGCUAUUUAAUGAAAUUAAGGGGGUAAUUGGGACGUGAAAUAAUAUUUGAUGAUAUUAAUCCUAAAACUAAGAAGAAAAGGGCAAAAGGUUGAAGAAGGAAUCAGCUGAAAAAAAUUGGGAGAUCGAGAAACGGAGGAGCAAGGCGAACAUGAUCGGCGACGUUGCCGCUAAUUCACCGUCCACUACCGCAGACGAGACAGCGGAGAAUCAACAGCAAGAAAAGCCAUGGCAUUCCUACAUUUACGAGGAUCUACCUCGUACGGUUCAGGAAUCUGCCGAUUCCGCCGUUCGCUCCGCCCGGUCGCUGCAGCAGAAUUCGUCCACUCAUAUUCGAACUCUUCAGGAUCAUGUAGUUCAAUACACAGCACAGUAUAGGAGUUACGAAGAUUUGGUUUUCAGUAAGAUCAAAGAUCAACUCACAAUUGCAAGAGAACACCCAACUUUAUCUGCUGGAAUUGCAAUUACAGCUGCUCUUCUCCUCAUGAGAGGCCCUAGAAGGUUCUUAUUCCGUCGUACAUUGGGUCGCUUUCAGACUGAGGAGGCACAGAUAAUAAAAGCUGCAAACAACGUAAAUCACUUAACCAUUUCAGUUCAGUUAAUGAAGAAAGAGAGUGAAAAAUUACUUGAAAGGGCUGCUCUUGCUGAGAAAGAGAUGACUUAUGGCUACGGUGAACUAAGGAAUGCUGGAGGCCAGAUCAAAAGUCUUGCUAAAUCGGUUCAUAAAGCUGAAAGUCAAGCUAAAGAUCUGGUGGAUGAUUUGCGAGAAAUUCCUGGUAGAGAUGCUUUGCGACUACGAGGAGAGGUUGCCAACAUGGCAUCAUCUUUGAAACAGAAACGACUUGCUAUGAAUAAAAAAAUAAUGCGGAUUUCCGAGUUGGGUAUUCGCGUAUAAUCUUAUUGUUAAGUUUUCACAAAUUCAGGCUUCAUGGCUUCUUGCAUUUAGCCAUUGUUGUGCUAGGAAAUAUCUCCUAGAUUUUGGCUCAAUCGGAUUUUGUCAUUGUAUUCUUGAAGAAAAAAAACCCAUCGAUAUGUCGAUACGGGUGCAAUUUUCUUGUUUCUCAUACAUUGUUAAGGUGAUUGUUUUUUUUUUUUUACAUGAUGGGUUGCGGGUUAUAAAGAUUGUGUUUCUAACAUAAUCAUAAUAUAAAGAUGGAAAUAGCAAUGUAAUUCUGUUUAUGGGCCAAGUUCUUGAGGCCAUGUAGCUGAUGUUGCUCUAUUAACAAAAGGAAACCAACAGUUGUGAAGUCUGAAAAACAUGUUGAUGAAGAACCUUCGAGAAAAUCGAAGAGAAUAAAAAGAUUGUUAAGAAAUAAUUUCCAUAUCAUUUUUUCUUUCUUUUUUGAGUUUCAGUUUGUUUAAUAAUUAAAACAAAAAACAAAUACAAUUGUAUAAAGCAUACUAUUUAAGUAAAACCAUAACAUUAAAAUUGAAAACAAAAACAUUACAAGAUCAUAAAGAAAAGAUACCAUAACUUAAAAACAUUAAACCAUCAUAAAAUUCAAAUUUUUGCCCAAAUAUUUUUCUUCAAUCUUCUCCUUCAAUGCCUCAACCUUUGGUACCACUUUCUCAUAUUUGGGCGCCAAACCUUCGGUGCUACUAUUAACAAUUGCCAAGUCGUUCAUCAUUUCUUUUGCCUCAUGUUGUUCCCGAAGUAUUUUCCAAUACUCACUUAAC